UCCACCAUUAUCACUCUCCCCUCCUCUCCUCUCCUCUCCUCUCCAUAACCAAACGAAAAACAGAGUACAGAAGAAUGAGAUAUGGUGGGUUUGAGUGUAGUUCUGGAGACCCAAAAGAUCGGCGGCGUUAACGGCGGAAGUAACCGCGGGGGUGUUGAGAAGAAAUCUCUGCAAGUUAUCAACAAAACUAUGUUGAUUACUAGCAACAACAACAGUAGCAACAAAUCGUUUUCUUCGUUCUCUUCCCCCAGAAAUCUUUCUCCUUCCUUUUUUUCUUCUCCUCCUCCUUUUCUAGAUCAAUGUUUUCUCUGCAAACAGAAGCUUUUACCAGGGAAAGACAUCUACAUGUACAAAGGAGACAAGGGUUUUUGUAGCGUGGAGUGCAGGUGCAGACAGAUUUUCAUGGACGAAGAAGAAAGUCUUAAGAAGGAAAACUGUUCGUUGGCUGCCAUGAAACCUAGACAAACAUCAUCGUCAUCUUCAUCUUCUUCUUCUUCCUCGUCUUCGUCUGGUAAUUCUCAUCACCACCGCAAAGGAGCCAGAAACCGAAUGGGUGGUUUUGCUUACUGAAAAUGUUAAUUUUUUUCUUUUUUUAAUAAUAUGAGAAAAAAAAAAAAAAAAAGAGACAAUAGGAGAAGGAGAAGAAGAAGAAGAUUGUAGUAUUACAGUUUUACCCUUGGGGUAAUUUUGUAACGAUAAGAACAGAACGUGGGAUGUCGUUUUGCUUCAUGGUAUGAAGCCAAAAGUGCGUUUUGGCUUUUUAGCCCCCACAUAUAUCUGGAAGCUCAGCCCAUGGUUUGGCUCCCUUUUAUUAUGCUCUCUGCACAUUUCUUUUUCACUCUUGGUUUUGGGAGAAUUUUGGAAGGGUAUUAUGGUAAUUUAAUCAUACA